AUGUCGCGGCGGCGGUGGCGGGGCCCGCAGAGCGCGGAGGGCAGCGGCCGCGGGGGAGAGAUGGGGAAGAUGGCGGCAGGCGGCGGCGGGGGGGGCGGCUCGGGCCGCUACUACGGUGGGGGCGGCGAGGGCGGCCGCGCUCCCAAGCGCCAGAAGACGGAGAACGCGGAGCCGCCGCCGCACGGGCCUGGCGGGCCGGGGGGGGCUGGCGGCGGGCCCGGCGCUGCCGGAGCGGAGAACUACGACGACCCCCACAAGACGCCCGCCUCCCCCGUGGUGCACAUCCGGGGGCUGAUCGACGGCGUCGUGGAGGCCGAUCUCGUGGAGGCCCUGCAGGAGUUUGGCCCCAUCAGCUAUGUGGUAGUGAUGCCUAAAAAAAGACAAGCUUUGGUGGAGUUUGAGGACAUCCUCGGCGCCUGCAACGCUGUUAAUUACGCAGCCGACAACCAGAUCUACAUCGCUGGUCACCCCGCCUUCGUCAACUACUCCACCAGCCAGAAAAUAUCCCGCCCCGGGGACACGGAUGAUUCCAGAGGCGUCAACAACGUCCUGCUCUUCACCAUCCUGAACCCCAUUUAUUCCAUCACAACGGAUGUGCUGUACACCAUCUGCAACCCCUGCGGCCCCGUGCAGAGGAUCGUUAUCUUCAGGAAAAACGGUGUCCAGGCCAUGGUGGAGUUUGACUCGGUGCAGAGCGCCCAGCGAGCCAAGGCGUCCCUCAACGGGGCCGACAUUUACUCCGGGUGCUGCACGCUGAAGAUCGAAUACGCCAAGCCCACGCGCCUGAACGUCUUCAAGAACGACCAGGAUACCUGGGACUACACCAACCCCAACCUCAGCGGACAAGGAGACCCGGGCGGCAACCCCAACAAGCGCCAGCGGCAGCCCCCGCUCCUGGGAGACCACCCUGCGGAGUACGGAGGACCCCACGGCGGAUACCACGGGCACUACCACGACGAGGGCUACGGCCCCCCGCCGCCCCACUACGAAGGGAGAAGGAUGGGCCCUCCGGUGGGGGGGCACCGCCGGGGACCCAGCCGGUACGGCCCCCAAUACGGGCACCCGCCGCCGCCCCCGCCGCCCCCGGAGUACGGCCCCCACGCCGACAGCCCCGUCCUCAUGGUCUACGGCUUGGAUCAGUCCAAGAUGAACUGCGACCGCGUCUUCAACAUCUUCUGCCUCUACGGAAACGUGGAGAAGGUGAAGUUCAUGAAGAGCAAGCCGGGGGCGGCCAUGGUGGAGAUGGCGGACGGCUACGCCGUGGACCGGGCCAUCACCCACCUCAACAACAACUUCAUGUUCGGGCAGAAGCUCAACGUCUGCGUCUCCAAGCAGCAGGCCAUCAUGCCCGGGCAGUCCUACGGGCUGGAGGACGGAUCCUGUAGCUACAAGGACUUCAGCGGCUCCCGCAACAACCGCUUCUCCACCCCGGAGCAGGCGGCCAAGAACAGGAUCCAGCACCCCAGCAACGUCCUCCACUUCUUCAACGCGCCCUUGGAGGUGACCGAGGACAACUUCUACGAGAUCUGCGACGAGCUGGGCGUGAAGCGACCCUCCUCCGUCAAGGUCUUCUCCGGGAAGAGCGAGCGCAGCUCCUCGGGGCUGCUGGAGUGGGACUCCAAGAGCGACGCCCUGGAGACCCUCGGCUUCCUCAACCACUACCAGAUGAAGAACCCCAACGGGCCGUACCCCUACACGCUGAAACUCUGCUUCUCCACCGCCCAGCACGCCUCCUAACCGCGGACCCCCACCCCGCGGGGGCCCCCCCCACUCUCCCCUUGGUUUUUUCCCCCCAAACCCCUCUUUUUUUAAAGGCUGACGUUCAGUAGUGACCCCCCCCGUGUCCCGUCCCCCCCCAUUUUUAAGGAGAAGGAUUGUCCGUGUGCUCGGUCCCCCUGUC